AUGUCAAACCCAAACCAAUUGUUCCUCCUCGCAGACCACAUCAAGCUGUCGCUCCUCGAGAAGAAACGGGCACAGCAGCUGAAUCUCGAUGGUGACGACGGCGCUGGCUAUCCCCAAGAUGGCCACAUCUCUCGCUCGCUCGACCAGUUCCGCGACGGCCUGGCCUCGCUGCAACAGGAACAAGCACGGUUAGAGUCCUCGGGCGAUGCUUCCGGCGCCUCUACAAUCAGCGACUCCAUCGCACCUCUCCAGAAGCAGCUCGACGACCUCACCUCCCAAUUCCACGGCUUCUCCAACCCGUCCACCUCGGCCACGCUCACCAGCCCCAACUCCCCGGCCCUCGCCAGCGACUUCGCCCACGCCGCCUCCACCACCGCCCAGAAGCACACCAAGUCCGUCCGCUUCAGCGACACGCCCCAGGAGCAGCAGCAGCCCGCCGACGACCUCUUCGGCGCCUACCGCGACGACCCGGAUGUCAGGGACGACUCCGCCGGCUACCGCGACCACGCCGAGCAGCUCGACAACCAGCAGCUGCACGCCUACCACUCCCAGAUCCUCGAGCAGCAGGACGAGCAGCUCGACCGCCUGGGCGAGUCCAUCGGCCGCCAGCGGGAGCUCAGCAUGCAGAUCGGUGAUGAGCUCGACAGCCACGUCGCCAUGCUCGACGAGGUCGACGAGGUCGUUGACCGCCACCAAACCCGCCUGGAUCGUGCCGGGAGGGUCCUGGGCAAGGUCGCUAGGGGUGCUGGUGAAAACAAGCAGAUGACGGCCAUUGUCGUCCUCAUUAUUAUACUUGUCCUAUUGAUUGCAAUUUUGAAAUGA